AGGUCCUGCCAACAUCGAUCUCUUCGAGAUGGUCGAUCGAAGUCGGCAUCUCAUGCCACAUUAUUUUCAUGUAUUUCUGGUCUUAGUGAUCUCGAUUAAUCAGGUGAGUGCAAAUGGAUGUGACAGAUAUGUUAAAUGUCGGAAUGAUCUUCUUGAAGUACACUGGAAAUGUGCAGAACCAUCAAGAAGAUUUACUCAACAUGCAUGCAAGAUCAACGAUUUAUAUGGAAACCACAAGGCAACAUCUUACAACAUAGAGUCAUUGUUCAGUGAUUGCGCCUCCAAAUAUUCUGCAAUCAGUGAGAUAGACUUUCUGCUCAUGACUGAUCCAUCAUGUCAUAAUGAAAUUGAAAUGGAUUCUCGACCACUAUUCUUUUCUUCUGCAACUUGUUGGAGUGAUCUUAUGAGACUGACACAGAAAUGUUUCACCUUGAGCCGAUGUUGUCCAGCAGCUCAAAGAUGCGGGGCAGAGAUGGAAGGAGAUGUGAUAAAUGAGCAAUAUGAACUUGAGAAAAGUCAAAUAAAGUUGAGACUGGAAGAAUGUGCAGUUGAUAUGGCUGCAGUGUUGAGGGCUCCUAUUUCAAGAGAAGACGCGAUGAUUGCUCGGAAAGUUAGUGAGGCAACGAAAGUUAUGCUAAGAUCAGUAGUUCCGUUUAAAGUUUAUCCAGAUCCGCACAAACGAAUAACAAAGAGGACAAAACAUGGAAAGAAACCCAGAGAAUUUGCUGCACCUCUGGCAGUCAGACCCAGGGCACUCAGGAAAUUCAGUAAAAAUCGAUACGGAAUCUCCAAGCGAAAAUUUUUGAAGACAGUUCGUACUGGAAGAGCUGAAAUUCUUCACUCCCCAAUAGAACCACCAACAACUUCUCUAAGUCCAUUUAUUGUUCUUCAUCACGGUGGAACAGCCAUUCAGACAUCGUCACAACCGCCAGCUUUCUCUCCAUUCACAUUCCAGUCUAUUGAUUUUGACGCUAGAAUGAAUCGGAAGUUUAGAAGAAAUAAAAAACGAAGACUCCGAAAGAAGAAACAUGAUUUUGAAGAUGAACCACCAUUUGCACAAGCUUCAAAAAUUACAGAAUCCAGAUUUGAUCCCCGUCACGCAGCCGAAAAACUAGACAAACUUAACGGAAAUUUGAAACAAAAAGGAGAAUUUGGAAGAUCAAUACUUCCAAAAAUGUUAAUGGUGAAACAAAAUAAGGGAAGCUUUUUGGGAUUUGCACAGCCCGUUAUCAAACCACUAUAUUUUUCAAGACAAGAACAAGUUGAACCCAAUCAGAGCGUUGAUCAAAUUUACGAUGAUAUCAUUGGCGAUCAGAGAAAUAAAAAUGAAUUGUCAAAUUCUAUAAUCGAUGCAACAACGAUAAGACCUCCAGAUUUCAAUUUUAUUCCAAUUGUUCAAGAAAAUACACCGGAUAUGAGAGAAGCAUUCAUAAAUAACAAUGGUGCAUGGACGAUGGAACCCACAACCGAACAAACAACGGAAACCCCACCUCCAUCAAGUACUCUUCCACCUCCAACCAUUACUUAUCCAACAACUUAUCUUUCAACAUCAUCAGUUCGCCCACCAUCUUCUCGUCUUACAUUUUCGCCAAUUCGUAGAACAACUACACUUGAAGAACCAACUACAACAGUUGAAAUGACAACUACAACAAAACCUAUCACAACAACAGAAGUUACAAGCGAACCACCAACACCUUCAUUCUCAGUUGAUCCAUUGAUUGAUUAUGUUACACAUGAAUUAUUAGAUAAGCAUAUGGAAAAACAAAAGUCAGACGAUGAUGAAUUUGAUUUUUCGAAUGCUGAUUAUAUUGAUAUUAGUGCGAUGGACAUUGAUCCCGGUACAUCCACCACUCCAAUGUUCCCAAUUCCAAUUGCCAGAUAUGAACAAGUAAACAGUUCAUCUUCAAUGUGGCCGAUGGAUGGACAACGUCGUCCAUCUACUUCAGAUCACACCACAACUCCACAAUUACGAACUACAGCUGCUCCAUUGAGUCCUGGAAGGCUCAGUGAGCAACAAAAUGAGGAUUUAAUACCACUACCAACGGCGGCUUAUACGUUUGGAUCUGUUGAUGUAACUCCAUCACCAUCAAUAAGCACAACUCCACUGGAAGAUCAACUGUGGCCAUUGCCAAUAAGAAAAAGACAUCGGCUGAAAUUAAUGGGAGCGAAAAUGAGAGAAAAAACGAAACCAAUUGUCAUUUUGCCAAUGAACAAGAAAAAUGCCAAAAAGAUGGAGCAAUACAAGCGGACACUACAAACUGGAUGCCAAAGAUAUGAUAAAUGUCUUCGGAAAGAAGUUGAAAUGCGAAUUAAAUGUGCUCAACCAUACCCGACGCCAUAUGAUAAAUGCUCUUCUCAACUGCUUCCACUUUAUAAAUUAAUUGAUGAAGCUUCGAACAACAAACUACAAUUUUUCAUAAAAUGUGUUGCGCACUCGCAGGAACAGAAUUCUAAAUGUUAUGCACCGAAGAAAAUGCGUGCACAGGAAGUGAUAUGUGAGAAUCUCGAAGUUUGGUCAUCAUACUGUAGGCAACUAGAACUAUGUUGUCCAGCCAAGGAUCGAUGCGACUCAGAAGCCGAAGACGAUCAUGUUGGUACUCGCUUACGUCUUCUAGAAAAAUCGUUUUCACUUCGUGCAGCUGCCUGUCAAUUCAAACAUGCAUUCCAUCGAACACUGACAAGAAAGAUGUUAUAAAUGCUAUGAUCCUUGUAGGAUGUUUAGAACUAAACUAUUUUUUACGACAAUUACGGGAUUUCUGUUUUUAAUUUUUGUUUUCCAAUUUUCUGUAUAUUUUGAAAAUGCUCACACCCCUAUUAAGCUCAAAUAUUAACUUAUGAAUAUAAUGGAAUGUUUCAAUUCUUUGUUUAAAAAUAACAGGGUUAAAUGAAUCAACUUUUCCUA